AUGGACAAUUAUGACAUGGCAAACAUCAUUGGCAUGGGUGAUAUCCACAUAAAGACUAACCUUGGCUACAAGUUGGUGCUUAAGGAUGUGAGAUUGCAGGCCAAAGCUUGUGGUGAGCAAUUGAAUGCUACAGAGAAAGACUUAAGUAUAGAGUUGUGGCAUAGGCGACUAGGACACAUGAGUGAGAAGGGGCUGAAUGAUCUUUCCAAGAGAAAGUACUCAUCAAUCAUUAGCGUGACACUACUAAAUUGUUGGGCCAUACCGUGGGUCAUAAUUCUCACUUGGCUUGCAUUGGGGACAAGAAUUUGUGUACUAGUCCUUGGUUUGGUGCUUCUCUCCAAUGCAGGUAUAUCCGGUGGAGGUAAUAUUGGUGAUAUACUUGUUAUUGCAGGGGCAUUUUGUUUUGCAUUCAGCAAUGUUGGUGAGGAAUAUUGUGUUAAGAAGAAAGAUCUAGUCGAAGUACUCACAAUGCAUGGACCCAGGAAAGACCUUGAAUCAGUUAAGUGGUCCGCCACAAUGAUAUCUUUAUUUGUUGGUUUUACAGCAGCAUCACUUCUGUCCUUCUCUAUCAUUCCCUUUGUUUUGAAGCUGAGUGGAGCAACUUUGUUCAAUCUAUCUCUUCUUACAUCCGAUAUAUGGGCAGUGGUCAUUCGCAUUUUCUUUUAUAGUCAACAGGUGGACCGGUUGUAUUAUCUUGCAUUUGGCCUGGUGGAUAUCGGGCUGAUCAUCUACACAGUGAAGUAAUUUAUAUUUUACGCCGAAGUGUCUCAGAAACAAUGCAAAUGCCACAAUGUCAUGCAAAUUGAAAGGCUAUCUUUUACCAGAUUCUAGAACUUGAUUCUGCUUCGUCUAAUAUUCUCUAAAAGCCUUUGUCUAAUAUUCUCUAAAAUGUUCCAGUUAUCACUAAGUCUGAAUCUUUACAGUAUGAACAACUAACCCAUCGACGAAAGUUCAGCAACAUGUAAUGCUGUCUUGGUGACCUGAUUAUGGUGCAGCCACCGACACAGAGCUUAAAUAAGCUGCAGAUGGUCUAAGAAUGCAAGAAAUAAGUGACCGUCUCAGCAUAUCAGGGUUUAGGUACCGGUACAGAGCAUGCAAGAAAUAAGAGACUGUCUCAUCAUAUGUAUCUGAAUUCCUAAUGUAAUCCUAUGUAGUUUUCAUUGAACGAAGUUGCAGCUAAGAUUUGUACUUGGAAGUAUAGCUGUCUUAGCCCAUUUUUAAAUGUGAGAAGGAUUUUGUAUCAUUCUGAUCGACUGAAAACUUCAACCGAGCUAAGCUGGAUGAAGAGUUAAUCUGCUCCAGAAUUAAAUGAUUAAUUGGAUGAUCACUAUUUCCAAAAGAUUAAGCUAUCGGAAAAUAGAUGAGCUCAAAUUUG